AUGCCCAAAACUUCAAAUUGGUCUCCAGCUGAAGAUAAUUAUAUUAAAAGCGAAUUAUUAAAAAAACCUUCUUUGGUUGCCGACGAUAUUCUCAAUAAUUUAAAUAUUAAUUUCCAACAAAAAAGAACCAAAACUGCGUUAACCCAAAGGAUAAAGAAAAUUUCAUCAGAUUUAAAAAGUCACACAAUCACCGUUCAAGUCCCUUCUGCAUCUACUGCACAGACAAUACCAACAAUAACACCACCACAACCACAAUUACCAAACCCAAAUGACAAUGAGGAAGAAUAUUCAGAUCCAUCAGAAUCGGAGUCAGAUGAAGAUUCAAAAUCCAACUCUAGCCUCAAAAGAAAGUCACCACUAAAGAAACAAAAACUACAUGAUUUGAGUAAAGCUUACCAAGAACCAACUGAACAUCUUCAUACUCCAUUGGAAUUCUUCGGCACUCAGAGAUUAAAAUUAAAUGAUCCCAUCAUUUUACCAUUAGAAGAUGGAUCGUUUAAACUUGUUUUUGGUUAUCCACCUUUUGAUAUUGAAAUAAUUGAGGUUAAAUAUUUGGGUGAUGGUAGAAUUGGAAUAAGAUACCAUGUCUUAUUACCAUCAAGAGAAGAUCUAGAAACAAUAGUUGGUUAUGAUUAUUCAUCCAGAUGGUAUAUUAAAUAUGAUUGUCUACCACUCAAAACCACAAGCUUUCACUUUCUUCAUCACUCUGCCUCUACAAAAGAACAAGAAAAAUAUCAAAGUUGUAAAAUCGAUAUUGAAAAAGAUAUAAAAUAUUUUUCAAUAACAGUUACUCCAAAAGCAGUUGAGAAAAUAGAUUUAGAUGAAUGGAUUGACUCCUAA